AUGCCCGACACUACUGCCGCGAGCUACAAGAAGCUCAAGGAGGACUUUGUCUCGAACCUCUCCGGCGGCUCCGCCUCCGAGAUCAACUAUGUGACCGCAGUCGCUCCCAUCGCCGUCCUGCUAUGGUCUGUCCUCCAGUCCCGCCAAUCCUUCUUCAAGCCAUACACGGUGCUGGGAGCCGCCGUUGACUACCUCCUCAACGUCACCGCCAUCCUCCUCUCGACGACUCUCUACGCUUCCUCCCCCCUGCUCUUGAGCGCACUGCUCCUCGCCCCCGCCGCCCUGAUUUACGCCUUUCCUCCCAACCUCGGUGCCCCUCGCAGGAAACCCGUCAUACCUCCCAGCAAUCUGAAGUCCAAGGCCGGGGCCGCCACCGUGCCGCUCCCCGUAUUGCCCGUCAAGCCGUUCCUGACGCACUAUCGCGGCACCAUGUUGGUCGUCACCUGCGUUGCCAUCCUCGCCGUCGACUUCCGCCUCUUCCCUCGCCGCUUCGCCAAAGUCGAGACAUGGGGGACUUCACUGAUGGACAUAGGCGUUGGCUCCUUCGUAUACAGUGCCGGUGUCGUCGCUGCCCGGCCUGUCUUGAAGGAGCGCGCCGAGGGCAAAUCGACACCCUUGACGACGCGCCUACUGCGGUCCAUGCGUCAUUCCUUACCGCUACUUGUCCUGGGUGUCGUCCGCCUGCUCAGCGUCAAGGGCUUAGACUACGCCGAACAUGUGUCCGAGUACGGUGUACACUGGAACUUCUUCUUCACACUGGGCUUGCUACCGCCUUUUGUAGCCAUCUUCCAGUCCGCUCUCAAGAUCGUCCCUAGCUACGCCGCUCUCGCCAUCAUUCUCAGCGUGCUGUAUCAAGUCGCCCUUGAGAGCACGGACCUAAAGGCCUACAUUCUGACCGCUCCAAGAAUAGACCUGCUUUCCAAGAACCGAGAGGGCAUCUUCAGCUUCUUCGGCUACUUAGCCAUCUUCCUCGCUGGCCAGGACACCGGCAUGUACGUCUUGCCCCGCAGUAUCAACACCAAGAGUGACAGUACUCCUUCCUCCCAGCGCAAGACGCUCCUUCUGACGAUGGCGAUAUGGUCUGCCGUCUGGGCGGGGCUUUUCUUCCUUACCACGAGCUACAGCUACGGCGACGGUCUCAGUGUUUCGCGUCGCCUAGCCAAUCUGCCCUACGUUUUAUGGACCGCUGCCUUUAACUCGACGCAACUCCUGGCUUACGCCAUGGUUGAUACCAUCUUCUUCCCGUCGUCCUACAGCGCAACCGACGCGAAGUCGGAGAAGGAUGCCUACGAGACUGCCACAAGUAGGGUUCUCCGCGCCUACAACCGCAACGGCCUGUUUCUGUUCCUGUUGGCCAACGUUCUGACUGGCCUGGUCAAUAUGACGGUACCCACGCUACACGUUGGGCCGCUGGCGACGAUGAGCAUCUUGAUCGCGUACAGUGGAACCGUCACGGGCAUCGCCCUGGGCCUGGACGCGUACAACAUCUCCAUCAAGUUGUAG